UUCGUCAAUGAUCGAUUCCGCGCCAUCCGCGUGGACAUGUCCCAGCAAAUCCUGGAGGACACUCGCGCCAUGCGCAUCUACGAGAACAUCGUCCGCUUCCACCUGCAUGGCAGUGCGGUACUUUCUGGCUCGGGCAACUUUGAGUUCAAGCACAACUGGGACGAGAUGCGGAAGGCGCUGAUGUCUCUCACGGCAGCGUACGAUAACUACCGUGGACUGCAUAGUAACAAUACGUGCGUGUCACGGUACGAACCACAGAUGCAAAGCGUACUGAUCCUGCUGAGUAUCAUCGACUGGAGCACUGGCAAGAUGCUGAGUGCAUUUGACACGAAUACCAUGCCACAGUUUGUGCGGUUUACGACAGAGGUGGAGCUAGCCAUCCGCAUCAGCUGCGCUGUCAGGAACUACGACUACUAUGGCUUCUUCCGGCUGUGUGGUGAGGCAGAUUACAUAACACUGUGCGCGCUGCACCCCAUCAUCGACCACGUGCGCAGCCUCGGUCUGAAAGUCAUUCACGGCAGUUUUGGCGAUGGCAAGAUACCUCUGGCUGAUCUCGUGCGCACGAUGAAGUUCAACUCACAAGUCGACGCACAGGCCUUUGUUGAGAACCACGGGCUAUCGGUCCACGCCGAGACAGUGGCGCGUAAUGAAG